AUGCCCCGCUCCCAGGGUCUCACGAAAGACGACGUCGACUUCGAUUCCACCUGGACCACUCUAUCCACCGCUUUCCAAGAGAUCUUCGCCAAAAACGCUUCCAAACUCUCCUUCGAAGAACUCUUCCGCAAUGCAUACAAGCUGGUCUUGAAGAAGAAGCAGGACAUGCUGUAUGACAGGGUCGUCCAAUUGAUAGAGACUUGGUUGCGGGAAAACGUGCGGCUGAAGAUACAUCACCUCAUAACGCCUGCUCUUUUAGCUGGUCGUCUGGAGCAAAAUGCCGCCGCCGUGUCCGAGGAGACCAGAGUUGCUAGCGAGAGGUUUAUCAGGGCUCUCAACGACGCCUUUGCCGACCAUCAACUCUUCACCGGGAUGAUUACCGACGUUCUCAUGUAUAUGGACCGCAUGUUUGCCCAAGAGAAGAAGAGACCAUCAAUUUUCGUAGCGUCGAUGGCGCUGUUUCGAACCCAGAUCCUCAACACUCCUUUAGAUAAUGAUCUGACGGGCUCUAUUCUCUCCCUAUUGGAAACUGUCCUUCUUGAUAUGAUCAGAUCAGAACGUAAAGGCGAAAUCAUUGACCGACCGCUGAUUCGUGCAUGUUGCUACAUGCUGGAGGGUCUCUACGAAAAGUUCACCGAGGAUGAAUCCAGCAAACUAUACAUCACAUCAUUCGAACCCAAGUUUCUCCAAGCGAGUCGAGAGUUCUAUUCGACCGAAGGCCGUACACUCUUGGUCGAGGCUGACGCAAGUACUUUUUGCACCCACGCCAGAAAACGGCUCGCCGAAGAACAAGAGCGUUGCCAACAGACUAUCUCCCCACUUACAGAGCAAAAAAUCAAAGCUGUAGUGGAAACUGAACUUAUCUCGGCCCAUAUUCGCGACGUCAUCAAUAUGGAGGGCACCGGGGUACAGAAUAUGCUGGAUAGUGACAAGAUUCAAGAUCUUUCCAAUGUCUAUGAGCUCAUCAGCAGGGUCGAUCCGCUGAAAACUGCGCUGAGGGAUGUGGUUAAGAAGCGGGUGAUAGAGCUUGGGAUGGAUAUCAACAAAGCUGCGAAUGUGAUUGUUGAUACGGCACCUGCGCCAAAAGCCGCUCAGAAAGCUGGUGGCGAAGGCAGAGGCAUUCAGCAGGAGAAGGCGCUGAGCCAACAGACCCAGGCCGCCAUUGUGUGGGUGGAACAGAUUCUGGUCUUGAAGACCAAGUUCGACAAGCUCUGGAUUGAAGCAUUCCAGAGAGACGCAGUUCUUGAGAAAGCCCUUGAGAAUUCGUUCCAGGAUUUCAUCAAUAUCAACGAUCGCAGCGCGGAGCAUUUGUCCCUUUUCCUGGAUGAAUAUCUAAAACGGGGCGGCAAGGACAAGAGCGAUGCUGAAGUCGACACGAUCCUUGACAACGGCAUCUUACUUCUUCAAUACCUUGCGAACAAAGAUACGUUUGAGACAUACUACAAGAGGCAUAUGGCCAAGCGGCUCCUGAUGAAGAAAUCAGUCAGCCGGGAAAUGGAACGCCAGAUGCUUUCGAAGAUGAAGAUGAAGAUUGGAAACCAGUUCACCCAGAAGCUGGAGGGUCUGAUCAGGGACACCGAGACAUCGGACGAUCUCAACAUGAAAUACAAGGAAUACGUCAAUCAACUCGGCGACCCCGAUCCCAAACGCGUCGAGCUGGAUUGCAGAGUUUUGACCACCACUAUCUGGCCGUUCGAAACGCUCAACAAACCUGACGAGGACUCCACCAGGGUCGAUUGCAAAUUCCCAGCUCCAGUGGAACAGGUGCGACAGCGGUUCCAGAAGUUCUACCUUGAUAAGCAUACUGGUCGAAAGCUGACAUGGAUGCCCGGUCUUGGAGACGCUGACAUGAGGGCGACAUUCACGAAUGGUGGGAAGACCCGACGAUACGAACUCAACGUCUCGACCUACGCCAUGGUCAUUCUCAUGCUCUUCAACGAUCUGCCGCCCGGGGAAUACCUCACCUUUGAGCAGAUAGCGGCCGAGACCAACAUUCCCAAGUCUGAGCUCAUCCGCAACCUGCAGUCAUUGUCAUUGGUGACCAAAUGGCGAGUUCUCCGGAAAGAGCCGGUGUCGAAGGACGUCAAGCCGACAGACAAAUUCUUCUUCAACGAAGACUUCACCAGCCAAUUUCUCAAGAUCAAAGUGAGUGUGGUGGCAGGUGGUGGCAACCGGGUCGAGAACUCGGAGGAGCGGCGUGCGACUCAGAAGCGAACAGAAGAGGAGCGUGGCAUCGUCAUCGAGGCCGCGAUAGUCCGUAUCAUGAAGUCACGCAAGACUCUGUCGCAUUCACAGCUCAUGACGGAGACUCUGGGCCAGAUCUCGUCACGUUUUCACCCGGAUGUGAACAUGAUCAAGAAGAAGAUCGAGUCACUAAUAGAGAAGGAAUACUUGGAGCGGGGUCCGGAUCCGGCGAAACCGUCCUACCAGUACUUGGCUUGA